AUGCCCAAUUGCGACAUCAUCUGCGGCAACAUGAGCGUGCCAUACCCGUUCGGCAUGGGCCCGGCCAGGUGCUACUGGCCGGGGUUCAAACUCACCUGCGACCGGUUCAACCUCACCUGUGAUACAAGCAAGCACCCAGCAAAGCUACUCAUCGUCCUCCACGACCCCAGCGACCCUGACCUCCGCAAGGACUAUUCCAUCCAGGUCAGGGAGAUCUCCCUCCCAAACAACACAGUGCGCGUCCUCCGCAGCAACGCCAUCAGCCGUAUCGAACCCACCGACUCAACCAGUUUUUUAAUGUUUGGCAACUACUCGGAGGCGCCCUACUCAUUAUCAACCGGCAACGAGUUCAUCCUAUCAGGCUGCAACCUUCAGGCGGCGCUGAUGAUCGGAUUUGGCAGCGAGGAUUUUAUCAGCGGUUGUGCCUCCUUCUGCCCCUCCAACGUCAGUGACGCCUACGUCGAGACCGCACUGCGGAGUACAGGCAGAAACUGCUACGGCAUGGGCUGCUGCCAGGCACAUAUCUCCAUGUCCUCCAACGGCUUGCCCACAGCGUGGAGGUAUCAAAAGAUCAACAAGAACGGCGACCAGGAGGCGACAUUGCAGCCCGCAUACAUGCUAAUCGCAGAGGAGGGGUGGUUCGAUCAGCGAAGGUUGUCCAAGGAGAUGGUGGGGUGGGAGGAAUCCAGAACGGCCAAGGUGCAGGUUCCCCAAGUUCUGCAGUGGGAGGUCAUGCAGGGCUUACCGCGGCCAGCUAACAUGAAGGCACAUCAGGGCUGUCCAGCAGAGGUUGCCCGCAUGCUCUGCAAGAGCAAGAACAGCUACUGCAAACGAGGGAGCAGAGGCUAUUUAUGCCAGUGCAUGGAUGGCUACCACAAACUGGGCAGCAACCCCUACCUUGACGAUGGAUGCAAAGGUAUAUACCUCGCCAUAGGAGUUGCUGUUGGGGCAGGCAUCAUACUAUUUGUUGUUGCUGGAUCUUUCACACAUAAGAAAUUCAAACAUCGAAAAGCUCAGAUGUUGAAACAGAAGUUCUUCGAGAAAAAUCGUGGACAAUUGUUGAGACAAUUGGUAUCACAAAGAGCUGAUAUUGCAGAAAGAAUGAUUAUAACCUUAGAUGAGCUUGAGAAGGCAACAAACAAAUUUGAUAAGGCCCGUGAGCUUGGUGGUGGGGGGCAUGGUACAGUCUACAAAGGGAUCUUAUUAGAUCUCCAUGUUGUGGCCAUCAAGAAACCAAAGGUGGCGAUUCAAAAGGAGAUUGAUGAGUUCAUUAAUGAGGUUGCUAUUCUAUCACAGAUCAACCAUAGAAAUGUUGUAAAACUCUAUGGAUGUUGCCUUGAAACAGAGGUCCCCAUGUUGGUCUAUGAGUUUAUAUCCAACGGUACACUUUAUGAUCAUCUUCAUGUUGAUGGGCCAAAAUCGUUGUCAUGGAAUGAUAGGCUACGGAUAGCAAUUGAGACUGCCAGAUCUUUAGCCUAUCUUCACUCAACAACUUCAGUACCCAUCAUCCAUAGAGAUAUCAAGUCUGCUAACAUACUUUUGGAUGAUACUCUAACAGCAAAAGUCGCAGACUUUGGAGCUUCAAGAUAUGUUCCGGUGGAUAGAUCAGGAGUCACAACAAGGGUGCAAGGUACAAGAGGAUAUCUAGACCCCAUGUAUUUCUAUACAGGGCGUCUCACGGAAAAGAGUGAUGUGUACAGCUUCGGUGUCCUGCUUCUGGAGUUAUUGACUAGAAAGAAACCAUUUUCAUACAUCUCUUCUGAAGAGGAAGGCCUUGUCACACACUUUUCUACCUUAUUCACACAAGGCAAUUUGUCCGAGAUAAUAGAUCCCCAAGUUAUGGAAGAGGGAGGCAGAGAAAUGGAAGAAGUUGCAGCACUUGCAGUAAUGUGUAUAACAUUAAGAGGAGAGGAUCGUCCGUCGAUGAAGCAGGUGGAGAUCAAACUCGAAGGCACUCAAGCAUCCAGGGGACAUGAGAAGGGUAAUGUACGAAACUGUCCGCCUACUGUUGAUGGAAGUAGGAGCGAAGAAUUAUCCAGGCAGUAUAGUAUGGAAGAAGAGUUCAUGUUAUCGUCAAGGUAUCCUCGGUAG